ACUGUAUACAGCUGGAAAGUGGGAGGUUUUUGUUUUGAUUCCACCGUUCGUUCCUCAUAUCGGAUUUUUUUUUUUGCGCUGUGCUAUGAGAGCAGGAAUCGAUUUUGUGGAGACGGCCAGUGGCACUGGCCGCCCCUGGACGGAUGACCUAAAGAUUUGUCCCCUCACUGGUGUUGGAGAGGCAACCAAUCUGGUUUACAAAGAGGACGGUAGCCGUAUCGAGGCGUACAAGUCGAGGGAUAAGAAAUGUCUCUGCAUUGUGGACGACACCUUGUUGUACGGCAUCUUUUCGGGCCACAAUGGUGUUCGCGUGGCGGACUUUGCGCUGCAGAAAAUGGCAGCCGAUUUGCUUCUCGGUCAACUGAACGGACGUUCCACCGACGAAGCGGUUAAGGACGUCAUUCGGCAGGCGUUUCAUUCGGUAGAGAAAGGGUAUUUUGACUCGAUCGAUGCGGAUGUGGCCACCAAAACUGCGAUUCAACUUCAGCUCUCCGUUGGCGGACUCAGUCAGUAUCAGAUCUCGCAGGAGUUUGGGAAUAUUCUCGAGAAGUUGGACAAAAUCAAUCUGGAGCUGUCGGUGGGAAGCAGCGUGGCGCUGGCAUUGAUCCACCAGUCAAAACUGUACAUCGGCAAUAUUGGCAAUUGCCGUGCGCUGUUGUGCAAAACGGAUGAGUUUGAUACUCUGACUGUUACUCAGCUUAGCGUUGAUCACAAUCUGUACAACGAAGAGGAAGUGCUACGGCUAUUCCGUCUCGGGUUGGAAGCUCAGAAUUUCGAAAAUUGUCCUCUGUACAGCACCAGAUGCAUUGGGAAUUACAUCGGGAAAACUGGCUAUAAAGAUUGCGAUUUUCUGUCCGAUGCUUCAACAGAACCAGUGAUCUUUCAGCCGGAAAUUGUAGGAUCGAUUCCCAUCACGUCGGCAUGUAAGUUUUUGGUUCUUAUGUCAGGUGGUUUGUGUCGUGCGAUGCACGAUCUCUACCCGGGUGAUACCAGCCGAGGAAAUCGCAUACUAAUUCAGAUGAUUGCCGAGGAGUUCCAAACGCAAUCAACGCUGGCCGGAGUGGCUCAGUCGGUGGUGCAUCGUAUCGUACAGUUGCAUCAUGAUGCAUUCAUGCAACAGGUGGACGAAGGAAACCCGGCGACAUUUUCCAACCGAGACGAUAUAACGCUGCUGAUUCGCAACUUUAACUAUCCCCUGCCGAAUGCAUUCAAUAACCGCAAGAACAGUAGCCGAUCGUACACUUCGACCACUUCCACAUCGUCGACCACAAGCUCGGAUGCUACCCCAACGAAUCAAAGCUACAGUGCCGAGAUGGACUGCUCGAUGACGGGAACUAAUAUUUCCGUUGCUAGCUCGGAUAGGAGUGAAAACGAUAAUUUCCCGGAGUCGGAGAAAAGAAUAAAAGCCUACGUGGACUUUUCGGAUUACCACCGACGCGUAGCGGAGGCCCGCAAGCUAGGCCUUCUUCCGCCAAACAUAGAUUUUGACUAACAGAAAAAUAAAUUUUAUUGUUUGUUCCUAACAUACUUACAUUCAAAAAAAAAAAAAUACAACAUUAAACUUACCAUCAGGACUUAUCAAACUGCCAGCUGAGCCACUGUAUCAGUCGUUCGUAAUGUUUCCGAAUAAAGUGACGCUUGCUGGCCUUUGUCUGUUCGAUCUGGUCGGCCUGGCGUCGUUUCCAGACCGCAUAUUGACUGCUAACCGAGAGCUCCUCGAGCUCGUCAAUGCCGGAGGCAUUAUAUCGGGCUAGCUUCCUGUAAACCUGUGACGU